UUCGCAUCACUGGUUUUUGAAGGAAACAGCUGUUUUCUUUGUCUUUUGUUAACUCAUAAUUUUUAAAAAUUACCCGCUUGAAUAUUGAAAUUGACAAAAUAUUGUUUAAAUGGGUGUUAAGGAACUGUGGUCUGUCCUAACGCCACAUGCCGAGCGUAAGCCCAUAAACGAGUUACGUGGCAAGAAAGUUGCAAUUGAUUUAGCCGGCUGGGUCUGCGAGAGUCUUAACGUUGUGGAUUUCUUUAUACAUCCGCGGCAUCAUUUGAAAAAUCUUUUUUUUCGUACUUGCUAUCUGAUAUGGGAACAAGUCACGCCAGUCUUUGUGUUGGAGGGAGUUGCACCUAAGCUUAAAAGCCAAGUAAUAGCCAAAAGAAAUGAGCUGCAGUUUCGUGGAGUAAAACCAAAGGACAGCGGCUCGUCUAAUAAGGAGAACACUGAUAAGACUAAAGAAAAAGGUCGCACUCGUUUCAAUCAUGUGCUGAAGCAAUGCGAGAAUCUGUUAAUAUCCAUGGGCAUACAAUGUGUCCAGGGACCAGGCGAGGCCGAGGCCUAUUGCGCCUUUUUGAACAAGCAUGGGUUGGUAGAUGGCGUCAUUAGCCAGGACUCGGAUUGCUUUGCCUAUGGGGCAGUUCGUGUCUAUCGCAACUUCUCCGUCUCGACACAAGGUGCCCAAGCGGCUGCUGGAGGAGCUGUGGAUAUCUAUGAUAUGAGAGAUAUUUGCUCUCGCAUUGACUUUGGCCAAAAUAAGAUUAUUGUGAUGGCUUUGCUUUGUGGUUGUGAUUAUUGUCCCGAUGGCAUCGGUGGCAUAGGUAAAGAUGGUGUUCUCAAACUGUUUAACAAGUACAAAGAUGCCGAAAUUCUGCAGAGAUUAAGAAAUUGGCGCAACGAGACAAGUACGUAUAAUGCCCUGGAGAUACGUGUGGAUGAUAAGUCAAUUUGUAGCAAUUGUGGUCACCUGGGAAGAACUCAAUCUCAUACAAAAAGCGGUUGCAGUGUAUGUCGCACCAAUCGAGGAUGCGAUGAAAGUUUAUGGAAAGAACAACGUUUAUCGAUCAAGGCCGAGUUAACUCUAAGGAAGAAAGCUUUGCUCUCUGCGGAUUUUCCUAAUGAAGAAGUUAUUGCUGAAUUCCUAACUGAACCGGACAGCUUACCACAACUCAAACUAAAUUGGCAGCAACCCAAUUUGGUUAAAUUCAUCAAACAAAUUGGUCAUCUAUUACAAUGGCAGGAGAUAUAUUGUUUUCAGAAGUUCUUUCCCAUACUUACCAGGUGGCAGGUUUCACAAGGACGUCAGGGUAGUGUUAGCGUAUUAGAACCUGUGGAAAUCCUUAAGAAACGUACAGUCAAGGGUAUAGCCAGCUUGGAGUUAAAAUGGAGAGACUCCAAAGGGAGCUUUAAGGGCCUAAUACCUGACGAUCAACUUAGGGAAUUCGAGAUGGAACAUCCAAAAGGUUUAGAAGAAUUAUAUCAGACUGUGGAACCAUUGGAAUUGCUAGAAACAACGUAUCCCGAAUUGGUAGCCACAUUUUUAAAAUCCAAGGAAAAACCUGCGAAAAAAUCAACCAGAAAGAAGGCGAUACCAGGAGAUGAUAAACCCAAAAAGGUUUCGAGUCGAAAAAAGAACCUACAGCAACCGUCCAUGGAGCAAUUUUUGCAAAAAGACAAAGAGAACACCCCAGUGAAGACCAAUUCUGCUUCAUUGGGAGUUGGACAAUGUUCCACACCAUUGACUAAAUUUUUGGACGCUGAUUUGAAUAGCGACGAUGAGGAAUUCGAUAUGUCUGAUAUUAUCAAUGGCAUUGUAUCCAAUCAUAGGCCUGUUCUUACCCAGCAUCAAGGACAUUUAUUGCACUAUGAGCCCUUGAAUAAUGAUCUGAGCCUGCGACUUGCACAAUUAAGUUUGAAGAACGAAGUGCAAGAAAGUAAAUCGAACGACAACUUGAGGACUGAGUCUGAAGAUGUAGAUGAUGAUGAUGAUGAACUGAGUUUACAUCUUGGACAGCUAAGUCUUAGGAAUGAGAUAAAAGCAACGCAAAAGCGAGAUAUUAGCUUGGGAACUGAACCCGAAAGUAAGCGCCUGGACCUAGAUGAUAGCUACGAUCUGUUGGUCAAGGGUGACCUAAAGAGAGUUCCUCAUUUACUGGCCAAGACACCUGUUGGACGUUUUAAAAUGCAACACAGAAUAAGCGAUAGAAUGCCAUCAUCAGUGGAAUCCGAAGCAAAUGUGAGUUACUUUUUUAAUCAGAGCCUGGAGCAGGCGGAUCUUUUUGAACAGCUGAUGGAAACAAGCUUGGGUCAUCAGCAGCAGCAGCAAGAGGAGGAUGAGGAGGAGCAGGAGCAGGAGGAAGAUGAAGAGGAUGACAUUGUGGUUAUUAGUGACUAAUAUUAAAGCGUUUGUUUUUUUUUUAUUCAAACCCGAACUCAACUCGAUUGCUUCAAUCACAAAUAAAGCUUGGCAAAUUUA